AGUUUGUGUUUGUGUGUGGGUGCAUGUGAACUCUACUGCCAUUGUCAUUCCGCCACUCUCAUUCACACUGUUUCUCCUGUGAUUCCCAUUCCAUCUCACCUCUCUCUCUCUGUGACCACUAUCAAUUUCCUUCUUCUUCCUUUUUUCUAUAAGAAGAAUUCCCAACGGCCCCCUGUUCUUGCUCUUUAAGCUGUUUCAGUGUGUGUGUGUCCCAAGAAUCAAGGAUGAAAAGCACAACAAAUCUCUCACUUUUUUCCAUCUCCAUCUUCUUCACCCUCUGCAUCUUUAUCACCCCAUCUCUUUCAACCUAUGACGGUCCGCUGUACGACUCUUCAGCCUACACAGAGUGCAAACAGAAUCCGGAGGAGCCAUUAUACCAGGGAGGAAUACUGGCGGAUAGUGCGCCACAAUCGCGACAGGUCAUUGGGCUCGACGGGAAGGGAGUUUAUACCCCCACCUUUCUGCUUCACAAUUUAACCGCAGACACAAUCUAUUGUUUUUCCAGUUGGGUCCGAUUGGAAGACGGAGAAUCUGCUCUCUUGACUGCUACGCUGUUGUCGGAAAAGGGCGCACAAGCGGACUGCGUAGGGACUGUAGUUGCCAAGAGAGGAUGCUGGUCCUUCAUCAAGGGGGGUUUCCUUUUGACUUCCCCAUCUAACUUAUCUCUACUCUACUUUAUGAAUUCAGCCACAGCAGAUAUCAAUAUAGAGAUUGCAAGCGCUUCUUUACAGCCGUUUACUCAGCAACAAUGGAGAUUGAAUCAACAAACCAAAAUUAACAUGGAGAGAAAGCGUGCCGUAACAAUCCAUGCCUCAGACAGACAGGGGAUUAGACUAAAGAAUGCAACUGUAACAGUUGAACAAAUAUCAAAAGAUUUCUCAUUUGGAUCUGCAAUAUCUAAAUCCAUCAUAGGAAACUUGCCCUACCAGGAAUGGUUUGCAAAGCGGUUCAAUGCAGCAGUAUUUGAGAAUGAGCUAAAGUGGUAUGCAACAGAGCCCGAAGAAGGCCAUCUCAAUUACACCAUACCUGACCAGAUGCUGAGCUUUGUGAGAGAGCACCAGAUUGCGGUGCGAGGCCACAACAUCUUCUGGGAAGAUCCCAAAUACACGCCGAAAUGGGUUCUCAACCUGACGGGCCCGGCCCUGGAAUCCGCGGUCCAGUCCAGAAUCCAGAGCCUGAUGCAGAGCUACAGAGGCGAGUUCAUCCACUGGGAUGUCAGCAACGAAAUGCUGCAUUUCGACUUCUACGAGCAGCGUCUGGGGCCCAAUGCCACUGUAGAGUUCUUCAAGACGGCCCACGAAGCAGAUCCUCUCGCGACCCUUUUCAUGAACGACUUCAACAUCGUGGAAACGUGCUCGGACCCCAAGUCCACCGUGGACGCGUACAUUGAGAAGAUGAGGGAGCUGAAAGAGGGGGGAGUUUCCAUGGAUGGGAUUGGGCUGGAGGGUCAUUUCACAGUUCCAAACCCUCCCUUGAUCCGGGCAAUCCUUGACAAGCUCGCCACCCUGGGGCUCCCGAUUUGGCUCACCGAAAUCGACAUCAGCAAGAAACGGGGCCAAGAAAUGCAGGCAAGGUAUUUGGAAAUAGUUCUGAGAGAAGGGUUCUCGCAUCCGGCGGUGGACGGGAUUAUGCUGUGGACGGCGUUAGAUCCAAAGGGGUGCUACCAAAUGUGCCUCACUGAUAACAACAUGAACAAUCUGCCGGCGGGAGACGUGGUCGACGAUCUGCUGAAGGAGUGGCAGACCCAGAGGUUGGAAGGGGAAACGGACGAGCAUGGCUGCCACAGUUUCUCUGGGUUCCUGGGAGAAUACCUAGUCAGGGUCGACUACAGUAACAGGACAUCGAGCUCGACUUUCUCCCUUAACCGCGGCGAUGAGACCCGGCAUUUUAGCAUUCAAGUCUGAAGAUGAGUGUUCAUGUCGUACCUAAUUUACCCACCAGAACGUUUCCCACGCACAGAUAGAAAUGGAUGAAUUUAGAUAUUGGGGAAAAGUUUGAAUCUAAAAAGAAUUGAGACUCCGUAAGGACCACAUGCAUGUGAACUGUUCGUGUAAAUGCCUGAGAUAGCACUCAUAUUUAGCUUCAAAAGUUAACUCUUAUUGAAACAUUAGACAAUAUGAACAAAAGAAAAAGAAGAUAAUACC